UAUUCUUUUUCAUUCCAUAGUUUACCUCUGCCAUCAUCGAAUUCAAGAUGCAAGCUUGAAAAUUGUCUUGAAAUGUUUAUAAAAGAGGAAAUUCUUGACGGUAUCGAUCAGCCUUCUUGUUCCAAAUGUGAAACUAGACGGAAAUGCACUAAAAGCUUAACAAUUGAACGGUUUCCACGGUAUCUUGUAAUACAUUUAAAGCGGUUUUCAGAAACUCGAUGGAGCAAAUUAACGAAUACUGUUGAAUUUCCAACAAAAGAAAAGGAACUAAAUCUUCAGCCGUAUGCAUCAGAAGAUAUUGCUGGACCAAUUUAUUAUUCCUUAUAUGGGAUAUCGAAUCAUAUAGGAUCUACUGCUGGUGGACAUUAUGUAGCUCUAUGUAAACAUCCUAUAACUCAAGAAUGGAAUGAGUUUAAUGAUAAUUACGUCACCGAAACAGCCGAACGAAAUUUGAUCACAUCAAAUGCCUAUGUUUUAUUUUACGAACGAGCAUAACAAUCUACAUAAUGCUAGAACCUGAAUAUUUGAAAGGCAAAUUAUAGUUUUAAUUAUACUUGCCUCGUAAAAAAAUGCUAUAGAAAUAUAUUUUUGUUUUAUCUUGGGAAAUUAUUCAAUUAAAA